UUUUAAACCCCUCAACCAAACGGUUUUCUAAGGCUUCCCAGCUCUCCACUAGAAACAUCUGAAGACGUUCACUGUGGUGAAGACGGAGGAUUUAACACAAGACGCCAACAAUAUUUUACGGCUCGGCGUCGCUGUAUAAUCGAGCAUUUGUGUCCACAGAUGGCCAUGGACGGACUGAGCAACAAUAAGAGCAUGUCAUACAGUCGAUGGAGUUAUGACAGCACCUUGGAUGAUGAGGGCACGAACCUGCGACAACAGAAGCUGGACAGACAGCGAGCUUUAUUGGAACAGAAGCAGAAAAAGAAACGUCAGGAGCCCCUGAUGGUGCAGUCUAAUCUGGACGGGCGGUCUCGAGUGCGCAGGACCCGGCAGUCGGAGGAACAGGCUCCCCUUGUGGAGAGCUACCUCAGCGGCAACAGCAGCAUCAUCUACCACGUACAAGAAGCGGAACAGGAAGAAGUUAAAGCUGUAGCAGAGGUUCAGGUCCCUCGCUCAGCUAAAAAAACCAAGCCGCCUACCUCCACUCCUCAGACUGGCAGCGCCAAGAAGGAGAAAAAGGGCAAGCACAAAGGAAUUGAUGGGCCCGCUGCCUUCCAGGAUGAGGGUCAGGAGCUGGGCAACCAGAUUCAGAUCCUGACAGUGGGCCACUCACCUGCCCAGGAGAGCGAGGCAGAGGGCCAGGGUGAGGCAGUUGGCAACACACAGUCACAGGGCAAACAGGACCUACGGGUCACGAUGCUGAAGAAAGGAAUCUCCAGUAGCAUGAACUUUGAUGAAGAUGAUGAUGAAGAUGAUUUGGUCAGCUCAAGUUCAUCUCAGCUCAACAGCAACACAAGGCCUGGAUCUGCCACCAGCAAAAAGUCCAGCAAGGAGGCAACCUCAGCUUCCUCCCCAUUGGCCAAUGAACCAUCCAUUGACGUGGAUGACCUGGAGGAGUUCAGUCUCAGACCCGCACCCCAAGGGGUGACUGUGAAAUGCCGGAUCACACGGGAUAAGAAGGGCAUGGACAGGGGCAUGUAUCCCACUUACUACCUCCAUCUGGAGAGAGAGGAUGGCAAGAAGGUUUUCCUUUUAGCCGGGAGGAAGAGAAAGAAGAGCAAAACAUCCAAUUACCUCAUCUCCAUCGACCCUACUGACCUAUCACGAGGCGGCGAGAGCUUUAUUGGCAAACUGAGAUCGAACCUUAUGGGUACCAAGUUUACGGUAUAUGACAGCGGUGUGAACCCAGUCAAGACCACCUCCAGCCUAGAAGCAGGGAAUCUACGACAGGAGCUUGCCGCAAUCUGCUACGAAACUAAUGUUUUAGGGUUCAAGGGGCCUCGAAAGAUGAGUGUCAUUAUUCCUGGAAUGAACAUGGACCAUGAAAGAGUCUCCAUAAGGCCUCGAAAUGAGCAUGAGUCUCUACUGGCUCGAUGGCAGAACAAAAGCACUGAGAGUGUGAUAGAGCUUCACAACAAGACGCCUGUGUGGAACGAUGAUACGCAAUCAUAUGUGCUCAACUUCCAUGGCAGGGUCACCCAAGCAUCUGUCAAAAAUUUUCAGAUCAUUCAUGACAAUGACCCGGAUUACAUUGUGAUGCAGUUUGGUCGUGUGGCAGAGGACGUCUUCACAAUGGACUACAACUACCCCAUGUGUGCCCUGCAGGCGUUUGCUAUUGCUCUGUCCAGUUUUGACAGCAAGCUAGCCUGUGAGUAACUCAUCUCUCUCUGCCAGCCACAAGCUCAAAAGGACCCAGCCAGACUGCUUUACAAUCCCAAUCACUGAGUAAAGGGCUGCAGUGAACUCCAAAGCAGCAGGGUCCCUCUCUCAAGAUCCUCCUUUGGAGGCAUGAAUGCGUAUCGAGUUUGUCUUCUUGUGUGAAUGUGCGUGAGCAAAGUGGCAUUUCUGCUUUUUUUUAAAAAGGGCAUCACAGUUGAGGGAAAGCACAAAGACUUCAAAGCUCAAACUGGGAAGAUUAAUAAGAAGAGGAUGCAUUCAUUUGAAUCGACAGUCAAAAAUCUCCUACUCGCUUUCUUUACUUAACCGUCAAGGUAAAACUAACAUUUUGCUAAUGUUAAAAGAAGGAUCUUUUACAGUAGUACUUUUGUCCCUAAGAUUAAAAACGAAAAUAAUUUUUCCAUGGUCAUAAUUCUAAAAGAAUUAAUGUUCACUAACCAAUCAAUUAUGAGUUUUCACAAGAAAUAUAACAUGUAGCUGUGAUAUAACAGUUUGGGUAUUUGAUUUAAUGGACUUUUGUAAAUGACUUUCAUAUGUGACAUUUCUUCAGUUAUACAUGUCACUUGUGUCAUUCAUCAUGCCAUUUAAAUAUGUAACAUAUCAAUUCAUGCU